AUGGACGGGGUGAGGAAUUACGGUAUUCAGCGGUUCCAUCUGGAUCCCCACGAUGGGAAACUUCACAGCACGCAGGAAACUCUUCUCUGCGCGCGGGAAGGAUUGCGGUGGCAGCUCGUCCCUCUCCUCUCCCAAAAAAAACCUGCCAUCACUUUCUUCCAUGGAGAUGAGGUCGCCGCCAAGCGCGCUUGCUCCACCACCGUGGGGGACCGAAUCAGCGCGCUCCCCGACGAACUUCUGCUCAUCAUCCUCCUCUUCCUCAGCAACGCCGCAGACGCAGCUCGGACCAGCGUCCUCUCCCGGCGCUGGCGCGCCGUGUGGACACUCCUCCCGGAUCUCCGCGUCCCCUUCUUCCCCGAGCCCCUCAGCUUCCGCCGCGCACUCACUGCGAGUCAACUGCCCCUCCACUACCUCCGCCUCGAGGGCGACCGCGCCAUUGCUGAGUCCCUGGCGAUCUGGCUCCCCGCCGCGGCGCGCCGGCUCUCCGGCACCCUGUUCUUCUUGAACCAUGCGCCGGAUCCCAAAGAUAUGCCGGCGUUGUCGAGGUUGAACAAGUGGACGAGCAAUAGGACAAGAGGAGGCUUCUUUGAGAUGCCCUGCUUCGAGAACGCCGCUGAGAUCAUCCUCAACCUAGGGUUCCUCCGCGUCCAGAUGCCAUCCGGCGGCGUGUUCGUCCAGCUCACCGUCCUCGUCCUAGAACGCGUCUGGUUCUGCCGCCCGUGCAACCUCGGCGCCGCCGUCUCCUCGCCACGCUGCCCCCGCUUGCAGGUCCUCAGGGUCUGCAACACCCGUGGGCUGUUCAGCCUCGACAUAAAUUCUGAAUCUCUCCUGGAACUAGAGCUCAACAACAUUGUUGCCUUGUAUAGUCACAGCAUAGAAGCGGCGGUGCUCAAGAAAUUAACUGUAAUGAACUGCUUCUGCCGAAUCGACAAGAAUUUUGCCACUAUUUCAGCACCUCAGCUUGUGUUUCUCAGCUGGGGAAAUCCGCUGGGUCAGCAGAAGUUUCUCAGCCUCGGCCAGAUGCCACAUCUCCAGUCCAUUGGGGAGUUCUCAUAUUUGGUAUAUACAGACCAAAGUUCAAAAAUAGUAUAUACAGACCAAGGACCAAUUGGCAUUCCAGACAACUCAGCUUUUAUGGAGCUCUUGCAGCGCUUUAAGUUUAAGGCCAUCGAAUCUCUUGCUCUGGCUCUGAUCUACACGAGUGAUCUAGAAAACUGUCAAUACAUGAUGGAAGACAUGAAAGUGUUUCCUGACCCUGCAAUUCUGUACCUAAGUGUACUUGCACAUGGGCAUUCCUUUGGGGCCAGCUCAUUCCAUGUUUUCAGGAGGUGUCUUGGAAUAAAAAGGCUGGUGUUGGUAUUAUUAGACAAUGCUGUUAGUUCAGAGGCACAAACUGAUGAUCCAUGCCCACCGGAUUGUGUUUGUGAUGAACAAAACAACUGGAAAACCGAGGAACUUUUGUUGAUUAACCUGCAAGAAAUAGAAAUCCAACUAUUGGGAGGAUUCGAACACGAAGUUUCUUUUGUGAAGCGACUCUUGAAUUGGGCGACAGCACUGAACAAGGUGACAGUAACUUUAAGCUCAUCAACAACUGAAAACGAUGCCAAGGAGUUGUUCCAGAUGUUCAAAAGCCUCUCUAAGCCAGAAGUAUGCAUCAAAUUGAUGUAUCAUAACCAUAAGGAGGUGUUAUAUGCAACCUGAAGUGUAUCACAACUUUAAUCUUCUGUUCGUGGGAUAUGAACCAUGGAAGGAAUAUGAAUAAAAAUAUUCAUGUAUCAACACUUUUGUAAUUUAUUUUUUGGUACCAUCUGUGGUGAAUACGAUAUGACAAUGCUAGGAGAUCAUUGAAGAAAGUUAAAUCCAUUGUGUUCUAUUCUGAUCAUUCCAUGUUUUGUUUUUGCAACUCAAAAUCUAUUAUAUUUUCAAGAUAGAGAGGUGGUAUUCUCUAGUCUUG